GAAGCUCCAAGUGUCACCAAAAGGCUCCUCCUCUUUUAACCCGGAUUCAAGUUUCGUUCACGGUUCAUCGACUUUCCUUACCAUCUUUAAUACACAGCAAGCUGGUCUUGCCUCAGACAACAUUCUCUUGACAACCUCGAUUUUAUUAUUUCCAAGAAAUAUUUUUUCGACUUUUGAUAAGUUGGAAACAUUGAAAAAACAAAAAACGCAACCAAAAAACACACGAAAAGCAGGUCUUCUUUGGCAGUGUUUCGCGCAGGACUCACCAAGUACACGCUCACAACAGCCCAAAGGCCGGACCACAACAGGUGAACGCAACAGCAGAGCAACAGCAGCAAAUCCCCCACUCUCGCCUCUGCAAAAGACCCGAGUCGGCUUCUUUCUCACAGCUAGCAGCCACUGACUCUCCCCCUCUUUCUGCGGCUUCCCUGUCCCACUUGCUGAGUGGUCACUCAAGAAAGCUACAGUGCAUAUCCGUCAAGCCCGGCACUGUACCUACUGCCCAGUCACACUCCCCCCCAACCACACUUACACGCCCCUCCAUUCACUCCCACACCCAAAGGUGCUGCCUUACAUAUGCCUUCCCAGUCCCCCAUGGAUCGCGAAGCUUCAUCUGGUUCUAUCUCCAAGACCAAAAUGGCCGCUACAAAGACUGCAAAGGCCAGAACAGCCUCCAAGGCUGCUGAUAGCACAACCAAAGAGAAGGCGGAGAUGCAUCGCCGCUCAAGAACAGGAUGCUACACUUGCCGACUUAGACGAAAGAAGUGCGACGAGAACGAGGGCCUCUGCAGCGCCUGCAAGCAUCUCGGCCUUGUUUGUGAAUACAAGCGGCCUAUCUGGUGGGGUAACAAUGAUGCUCGCCGCAACCAAAAAGAAGAGAUCAAGACCAUCAUCAAGCGCAAGAAGCUAGCUGAGAAGCAGGCGCAUGCCAUUCAGACUUCUGUGAGCUCGCCUCCCGGCCUCUCGCACUCGCAGCCGACUUCGGCAACCUACACAGACGACCGCAACAGAUCCAUGUCGAUUGAUUCGCAUGCAUCGGCUGCCUUCAACUUCAACAGCCCUCCCAGCGAAUACUCUGCAUACAACUCACAGGUUCCCCCCGAGUUCAUGUAUGACGGAUACCCUCCCUAUGCGGUCGACAUCAAGACUGAGCGUCAGAUGUUUGUUGACGAUGUUCCCACGCUACGUGAAUCGCAUGUUUCCACCUUUAGCACCUUCCAACCUCCUCCUCCUCCCGGUACCGUCUUGCCUUCUGCUGGCGGCUGGACCGAGACGUACCAUGAGGAGCGCCGGCAGUCUACUGCCGAGGAGGCGCUGAACCCCAACUUCUUUGACUUUGCCCACGGCCCUGCUGCACAGGAGACCCGCCAGGUGCGCGUUGAGCUCGAGGAGAACGACCAGCGCCUGCUGGAUCACUUUAUCAAGUUUGUGCUGCCCACCAUCUUCCCCAUUCUUGAGGCCAACCAGCACGGCGCCGUCGUGUCGGAUCUGGUCCUCCCUGCCCUGCAGUCCAACAGCAUCUACCUCCACUGCUGCCUGAGCAUUGCUGCUCAGCACAUCAAGAUGACAGCAAAGGAGUCGGAGGAAGCCGUUGACGAGGACAUUAUGCGCCACCGUUACGCCACAAUCUGGUCAUUGUGCGAAGCGCUCAAGACUGAUGAGAACCACCAGCAGAUUCUUGAGGCGUCUCUUGGCCUCAUCUUCUUCCAGUGUGUUGUGGGCCGCCCCAACGACGGGCUUCUUGACAUUCCCUGGCACCAGCACUUCCAGGCGGCCAUCAGCCUGGUGCAGAAGCUGGACUUGCCUCGCAUCGUAACCGAGCCCACCGCGCCCAUGGUGCAAACUCCCUUCAACAUGACUCUGGCCGCGUGGAUUGACAUUCUCGGUGCCUCCAUGCAGGGCAACUCGCCUGCCUUUGCACACACUUACCGCGUGAAGCUGCUGUCUCCCAACACGCAGCUUGGUCUGCGCGAGCUGAUGGGCUGCGACGACCGUGUCAUGUACCUCAUCUCUGAGAUUGCCUGCCUCGAGUCUCUCAAGAAGAGCGGCAUGGACGACUUUGUGUUGUGCCAGCACGUGUCCUCGCUGGGCGAGCAAAUCUCCAUGACGGAGGUGGGUGAAGAAAUCCCCCGCCUUCCCUUCAACGAGAACGGCAGCCUCUCCCCCAAGCAGCUAUCCAAGAACAUCACCACUGCUUUCCGCUUGGCAGCUCGCAUCUACCUCUGCAGCCUCGUCCCCGGCUUCAGCCCCAACCAGCCCUCGCCCAUGGCACUGCUGGACAAGCUCACCCACGCUCUGGAGUGCAUCCCCGAGGGCGUCGAUGGCUUCGACCGCAGCAUGGUCUGGGUUUACCUCAUUGGCGGCUCCAUCAGCACUGCUGGCAGCGCUUUCCGCGCUCACCUCGAGGACCGCAUCGCCAAGUUGGGCGACAUGGGCAACUGCGGCUCCUUUGGUCGCAUGGUGACAGUCCUCCGCGAGGUCUGGAACCAGAACGACUACCUUUCCGACAGUGGCUCUCCUGGCUCCUCUGCCUCUGAGGCUCACCAGGCCCCUCCUCACGUUCACUGGCGGGACGUGAUGCAGAUUAAUGGCUGGGACCACCUCCUCAUCUAGGCAUUGAGGCCUCUCCAAACACUCUGCAACUUUGCAACAUUCUCUUGUUACUUUUUUUGACUUUACAUUUUUUCAAGGCUUUGCUGGACAGCCGACCCCUUCUUUCUUUUUUUAUCUAUGAUACCACCAGUGGGAACGAAACUUGUCUUUUUUUCAAAUCACAUUUUGCUAUUAGAGAACGCCGCAAGGCAUUCGAGCAUUAUCAUAAUUCGGGUUAUUAGCGCUAGCGCAUCAAUCUACUUCAAAAAGGCCUUUUUGACACUUGGGACUUUUUGGAAAAUUUUAGCGGGUGAUGGGUUAUGACGGGACGGGAAACACGAGAGCCGGGAAGGCUACGGGUGUGUGUGAGGAGGAUGACGACUCAUGACUUUUUCUUGUUGCUCACACCCUCCAUGGGUGAUGGCGUUCUUUUUUUGUCACAGUCUGGUGUUGGAUGACAGACUGUCUUUUAGUAGAUAGAAAUCUCACACCAUUUCCUGUC